AUGACCUUGUCAUCAGAGUUCGCCAGCUCAGUGCCUGCACGGAAAACUGCCCGGGUUGAUGACCGCGAGCACGCUAUUGCUGCUUGUCUGCCUCGUGAUGUUGGGACGAAAGGAAUAAGCCGCGGUACCCUAGGCACAUUCUCAUUUACGACAAGCUGUUGCCUCAGUGCACGCACACGGCAUCCGCAAGACUUGUUGCGCAACAAUCCCGAAGGCUAUACAACGGCUUGCCUGUUCGGUGGAACAGGUUGCGCAGACCAACUCGACCGCCAAUGCAUGGCUCCCUGGCCGUCGUCAGCCAACAUGGCUGACCUCCGCGAAGCCUGUCGCACCCACGCCGCGACUUCCACAAUUGCCUCGUUCGCCGGUUCUGCAACUUGCUCCACCAACCCAAGUAAGCCUUGCAUUCGCGCUUGGAAGUUCAGACAAACGAACGGCUUUGGCUCUCGCCAACCGCAGUCCACUACGACGUUGUAUCUUACCUUGCUGACCACGAUUCUCCGGCACAGACCAUCUGUGUUGACAGUAGCUCUUGUUCUUCCUUCCCCCGCUCCGAGCAAUGAAGCCAGUCCAGAAGCGACGAGCACCCAGCCGAGUGCGCCAGCCGCCGAUAUGCGUAGCCCCGGCUAUGAGACGACAUUGGCAUCACGAAAUCGGGCGCUGCCGACUCCUGCCGUUCCUCCUCAGCGCGAAAUCACAAAUCCGCCACGCAGCCACAGCAGGAGCCGUCCCAUCCUGCCAAUGCCAAGCGCAUUCAUAUCACCAAAUGGAUCGGCGCCUCCGAUAACGUCUACGACAAGCUUCGACUCGCCUGUUACUCAGCUUCAAUAUGCCAGUAUACCCACAUCAUUGCCCGCAUCACCGAUUCAGCAGACACAUCAACGCGAGCACGCAAGCGUAGAAGGUGUUGGUCCUCCCAAGAGGCGGCGUGUAUUGCCGAGAGAUCUUGAGUUUAUACAGUCCUGGAACGCGCUUGAGGUCCUGGCAGAUUUUGCGCGUCGAUGCGGUGGCGAGCAACAGCUAGAUCCAGCUCUUGAGCAACCAAGACUCCAACUACUCAAGGACGCCUGCGCGACGGGCGAUCUUUUCUAUGUCGUGCUACAUCAGGUCUUUUGCACUUGGACCGCAAAGCCACUCGAAAUUCGAGGGCUGUUUCAAAAUGAUGAUCGCUUGUUCUCCUUGGCAGAACAUGGACUGCAAACACUUAGUGCAAUCCUCAAAGACAACUCAAAUAUGCGACCAGACCUGCUACAGUGUUUUGCCAACUUUCCGGCACCUUUUCCGAACAUGCAGCGCUUUCCACCGUACUCUGACUCACUCAAUGCCGUGGUAAAGUUUCUUUUCUCCAUGGCCACUUCAUGGACCGAGUUAAUGAAGAAGCAUGCGGCAUACGGUUUCCCACUGCUGAUGGAUGAGUUGCUUAGAGUGCUGCAUAUGCAUUCUGACGUUUUGCAACUCAUCGUCUUCCGUGCGUCCAGGAGGACAGCAGGUGUUCCGGACGGGCCUGCCGGGACGCAGAUGGAGUCUCUAUUCAAGGAGGAUCAGGACUUUCAUCGGUCCGCGGAUGGUUCUUUUUUGCCAAAGGCACAGGAUCCUGCCUAUACGAAUUACAACGACAAUCUUAUCCAGCGAUACCAGGAGUUGGCCCAUACCGCCCGAACACUUUAUCGAGCCAUGCCUCCAUAUAAUCAACAUCAGCAACAAAGAUAUGUUCAACAGUCGACCUCGCCAACAGCUGUGUCAAACAAUGCUCAGGGCUUUGUCGGAAAUGUCCCCUCUCCAGCGGCACCAAAUCAACAGUGGACGGCCCUGCCAAGCCAAACGAUGUCCGUGAUCGUUGAACCUCUUCACAACAAUCCUCCCAGCGUUUCCCAAGGAGUCGCCGCUCGGCCCCAGGAGUCAGCAGCCUCGAUGAAUGUUGCAAGUCAUCAAUUUUCUACGACCUCGCAAGCACCAUCUCCUGGGACGGUAGCGCCAACACAGCACGCGUUGCGUACUGAGGCGCCAGGUUUAGCCUGGCACGGUCAACCCCAGAGACUUCAAUCUUCCGCAGAACAGACACAUGCGCGGCCGAAUGCGCAUGUCUCGGGAUCAUCGGCAAGUCAGCAGGCUAGUUUCGGUGCUUCUUCCGGUGCGCACUGGUCCAGUGGCUCACCUGUUUCAGCUCAGUCCCCCGUACUCCCGGUCACUGGGGCGGGUAGGCAAUAUCCAUCUGGAUCUCCCGUCGUGCAGGCUUCGACGGCCAUGGGCACCAUACACAGAGGGCAGGCUGUUCAACCUCUACAACCCUUUGUGACACAGCCAACACCGACUAAACCAAUCUCGACUGGCCUCUUGUUCCCAGGCCGCAAUGACCGAAUUCCCAUCAAUGAAUAUCCGAGUGAUCCGCAGGAUAAUAAUUGCAUCAUGCAUACCCUUCAUCAUGCCCACAUUCGUAGUCCAAAGCGCCUUCCUAUACGACCAGAAGCACUGAACGAGCGAUAUUACCAGUCAGUCAGGAGACUCGUGUUAGGUCCUACCUCAAUUGCCCCUAGCGCCGUGGUCCACAAAUUCAGCUUCCACUUGGGUCCUAAAGAUCGUGAUCGUUUGACACAUGUCGAAACCGAUCCCGAUGGUCUACUACCUAUUCAGAGAUACACCAACGGAACCGCACGCGUCCGGAUCCGCUGCUGCUAUCUGCUCGACCAGCAGCAUCACAAGAUCACUGACAGCGACUGGGUCACGAAAGACGUUGUCUGGCCUGAACACAUUUUUCUAGAAGUCAAUCACUCCGGCUUGACCUUACGGCGAAAGGCGCACCAUUCCAAAGACUUGCCAGUUGAGGUUCCAGCAAACGCGCUCUUGGAGGAGAAUCAUCUUCGUGUCUGGAUUCCGGAAACUGCUGCGCGCCCACGGGAGGCGCCGAAGAACAGUCACCCAUAUCUCGCGGUAGAGCUCGUCGAAACGCUAAGUCACUCAUCUAUUUUGAGCUUGGUCAAGACUCACGGCAUUCAGCAAUCCCCGAAGACUCUUGAAGUCAUCAGGCGACGUUUAUCGAGCACUACAGCCAGUAAUGAUGAUGACAUUGCGAUGGUUAGUCACGAACUGGCCAUUGACUUGGCAGACCCAUUCACCUCCGCGAUCUUCAAGACUCCGGUGCGAGGCAUGGAUUGCACGCAUCUUGAGUGCUUCGAUCUGGAGACGUGGUUGAAUUCCCGGUUGGGCAAAAAGAAGACCUGCACGUGCGGCAAAGGGGGGUCAUCGUGUCAGAGUUGCCCAAAUGAACCUUCCUUCGUGGACAAAUGGAAGUGCCCACUGUGCUCAGGUGAUGCUCGGCCAUACAGCUUGCGCAUCGACGAAUGGCUGGCUGGGGUUCGCGACAAACUCAAGGAAGACGGUGCAUUACGCGCCAAGGCCAUCCUUGUGUCCGCGGAUGGAAGCUGGAAGAUCAAGGAAUUACCACGUGAGGCAGACGAAGAGGAUGACGGAAGCUACAACGACGAGCCUGCACCCUCCGGGGGAGCUAUCAAGCGGGGCGGCAACCUUGCUGCCGCAGUGGCAGCGAACGGGGCGGCAUCCCGCUCAGCUUCCACGCCUGUCAUCAUCGAGAUCGACGAUGAUUGA